AUGGAUGAAACAACUAUUGAUUCAAUUUUUGCAGGAUCUUUAAAAUCAUUGCCUGCUGUAAGUUCAAAAAUAGUAAGAAUAUUUACAAGUUCUACAUUUACUGAUACAUCAAUGGAAAGGAAUACAUUAAUGGCUCAAUGUUAUCCUAAAAUUAAGGAUUAUUGCAGAGAAAAACAUGGUUUAGAGUUUCAGGUAGUUGAUAUGCGUUGGGGUGUACGUGAUGAAGCCACAGAUGAUCACAUGACUACUGAGCUAUGCAUGAGAGAAAUAGAAAAUUGUCAAAGAUUAUCCAUGGGACCAAACUUUGUGGUAUUUUUGGGUCAAAAAUAUGGAUAUCGUCCUAUACCAACUUAUAUACUCAGUUCAGAAUUGGAAAUGAUAAAAACAGAAUUGGAUAAUCAAGGAGUAGAUGUUUCUGUUCUUGAUCAAUGGUAUAAAAAGGAUAGUAAUGCUGUACCACCAACAAGUAUCUUACAACCCAUUUCAUCGAUUCUAAAAAACUUUAAUAACAAAAGAAUACCAAAAUUACAACAAGAAGAUCAGGCCAUUUGGUGGGAUACUAUGGUAAAGAUGCAAAAAAUCUUUAGAAAAGGAGCACAAUCUUUAUAUAAUUGUGGAAAAUUUGAUAAAGAUACAAUGCACAACUAUUUCAUGUCUGUGACUGAAAGAGAAGUAAUCAAUGGAGUUUUAAACGUGAAGAAUACAAAAAAUCAUUGUUUAGCUUAUAUACGAUAUAUAAAUAAUAUAAAUCUUCAAAACUUAAGGAAGGCAAGUUUAUUUAUAGAUAUUGCUAAUAGAAGUUUGGAUAAUGAAGCUUGUAGAUUAUUAGCUAAUCUUAGGGAUGAAAGAUUGCCUGACAAAAUUGAAAGUACAAAUUUGCAAAGAUACACAGUGGAAUGGAUUGGUAGGGAGGGUUUGGAUCCUGAAACACAUAGCGAAUAUUUACAACAUUUUAUAACACAUUUCUAUCGAAAUAUAAUAAAACUCGUAGAUCGUGCAAUGCGAAAAGAAGAUAGUUCUGCUCAGGGACAAAUUAUAACGGAAAUUUUACAACACUUGCAUGCUUGCAAUAAUUCUGUUAAGAUAUUUUAUGGACGAGAAGAUAUAUUGGAGAACAUUAAAUAUCAUAUGUUAGGUGAUAGCGAAAAACCGUUAGUUCUUUAUGGGGAAGGUGGAUGUGGUAAAACAUCUUUACUGGCAAAAAGUGCAGGUUUGUCAAGCACUCUAUGGCUCAUAAAUAAGAAGCCCAUUAGUAUAAUAAGAUUUCUUGGUACAACCCCAGAUAGUAGUGCAUUAACUCCAACACUUAUUUCCAUUUGUCAGCAAAUUUCAUAUAAUUUUAUGUUACCAUUUGAAGAAAUACCAGAUGAUCUUGUACCACUUACAGCAUAUUUUAAACACUUGCUUACUUUGGCUACAGAACAACAACCAAUUUUGUUAUUUCUGGAUAGUGUAGAUCAAUUAACAGGUGUGCAAGGAAAUAAAUUAUCAUGGUUACCUACUAGACUUCCUUUUAAUUGUAAGAUGAUACUAUCUUGUGCAGCUGAAGAAUCUAAUCCUCUAAUUUCGCGAGAUUAUCAAUUACUACGUAGAAUGAUUGAUACAGAAGAAAAUUUUAUAGAAGUUACAGCUUUAGGUGAAGAUUUAGCGAUGGAUGUUAUAAGAAUGUGGAUGAAAACUGCGCACAGAGAUCUAAAUAAUUAUCAAUGGCGCUUAGUUGCAAAUGCUAUAUCAAAAUGUUCUUUACCAAUUUUUGUAAAAUUAGUCUUUGCUGAAAUAUGUAGGUGGCGUAGUUACACCAAACCAGCAGAUACCCAUUUAGCAAAUACUGUAAUGGAUAGUAUAAUGAUGUUAUUUGAAAGAAUAGAAAAACAACAUGGCACAAUAUUAGUUUUCCAUGCUCUAGCUUAUAUUACAGCUGCUAAGUCAGGAUUAUCUGAAUCUGAACUUGAAGAUUUAAUUUCUUUAGAUGAUAAAGUUCUAGAUGAUGUAUAUCAAUAUCAUUUGCCACCUGUUAGAAGAAUUCCACCUCUUCUUUGGACAAGAAUACGGAAUGAUUUACCUAAUUAUUUAAGUGAAAGAGAAGCUGAUGGUGUCAGUGUUCUUAAUUGGUAUCACAGACAAUUUAGAGAUACCGCUAGGGAGAGAUAUUUUAAGAAUAUGAAUAUGGCAAUGUAUUUUCAUUCAAUGAUAGCUGAUUAUUAUCUUGGUAUUUGGGGAGGUGGGAAACCAAAACCUUUUAAAUACACAGAAAUACAAAGACAUCGGUUUAAUCUAGCAGAUAAAGAAGGUCUAGCAGAUAGAAAAGUACCAGAGCAGCCUUUAGCAUUUUAUUCAAAGGAAGGAACCAUCUCUAGAUAUAACUUACGAAAGUUUGGAGAAUUACCUUUCCAUUUGGUCAGAUCACGCCGUUUUAAGGAUCUAUUUGAAAAUGUUUUAUUUAAUUAUGAAUGGUUACAUGCCAAGUUAAGUUCUUGUCCACUGCAAGCUGUACUUUCAGAUUUUGAAGAUGCAUGUAACUUCAUUGACAAUCAAAAUCUAGUGAGAGAAUUAAUGCUAGUAGCUGAUGCAUUAAGAUUAGGAGGAGCAAUUCUUGGAAGUCACCCAGAUAUGUUAGCUCCUCAAUUAAUUGGUAGAUUAUUGCCAGAAAUUGAUGGAAAUGUUAAUGUUAAAAUGUUAUUACAAGCUUGCGACAAUGAUGGAGUUAAAGAUUGUGCUUUACUUCCACUUUAUCAUUGUUUGCAUACACCUGGUGGCCCAUUAAAGUAUUCACUUGAAGGUCAUCAAUUUGCCGUAUUUGGAUUUUGUUUAACAUCAGAUUAUCGUUACGUUGUAUCAAUAUCUAAUAAAUUUAUAACAUGGGAUCUUAGUACAAGUGAUAUGACUAGAGAUGUUAGUCCUGGCGUAGAAGGAAUAAUGCAGCAAUUAGUAUUAAGCCCUGAUAAUAGAUAUGCUGCUGCAUUUACAACUAACGAUCAAACUGUUGUCCUAAAUACUUUGACAAGUGAAUUUGUUAUCAUUAAUAAUCCACUACCUGACGAAGAACAUGUAUGUGGAGUGCAUUUAACAAAUCAGUAUGUAUUUAUAUAUGGUAAAAUAGGUUGGUAUAAAUUUGACUUACGUGGAAAUUUACUUGGAAACUAUACCAACCCUGAAGACUCUAACAAAUGGCCUAUUUUGUAUGUAGAAUACACAAAUUUGGAUGAAUAUAGGAUCGUAUUUUGGUCAGGUAAUAUAGAAGAUCCUAUUAUGCUUUUACAUACUUAUAAAAAAAAGAGAUAUAUGAAUUCUUAAUUAAAUAAAAUUUUCAGUGCUAUGGUUAUGAAUAAUCAAAAGGAUACUUUAUAUGCAUGUACGACUAAAGAUAUCUAUAAAAUUACAAAAUAUAUGAUAGACGAAACAUCUACCUUUUGGGAAAAAAAAGAAGACAUACCUAGGGCAUAUAAUGAUGAUGUAGAAUAUAUUUUACAAUUAAAACUAGAUAAGGAAGAAGAAUAUCUCUUAGCAACAACAGGAAAUGGAUUUGUUGUUUGGUUUUUAGAAAGUAAAAGUGAUGCACAUGUACUUAUGUUACCAAAUGGAGUACGAAAUAUUAAUACAAGAAUGAUGUAUUCUAAUUCUAUUAUGGUCAGUAGUACCAAAAAUUAUGCAGUUGCAGGUGUAAGAAAAAAUUUAUACGUUUGGAGCCUGGAAACAUGUGAAUUGUUAAAAGUACUGGACGCACACUUUGCCAGAAUUAUUCAAUUAGAAGCUUUAACUAUUGGAAAUUGGAAUAGUGUGGUAACGUCAAGUAUUGAUAGAAGUGUUAAAGUUUGGAAUAUUAAUAAUAUAUUUGAACAAGUACAUGUUAUUGAUAGACAUGAAUUACAAAUUGAUAUGAUCAGUUUAGCACAAGAAUCUAAUUUAGCAGUUACAGUUACAAGAGAUUGUGUAGGUGUUUGGGAUCUCCAAUUAGGAAAACUAAUUUCUAAACUUGCUGAUAGUCCCUUAGGGGCAAUUGUGACACAUGCUUCUAUAACACAUACUGGAAGAUAUAUUAUAUCAGUAGAAUCUGGAAAUGUAUUAAUUUGGAAUAGAAUUACGGAACAAGUAUUAUUUAAAGGAGAACAAGCAAAUGUUAAGCAACUUAAGUUAAUAGAAAAUUCGACUAAAUUUUUCACAGUUUCCAGACCAAAUAACCCUACUGGAGUAGAAAGUAUGAGAACUAUUGCUGUUCUUGUCGUAAGAAGUAUCCCAGAUGGGGCAACAAUAUUUUCAUUUGAAUAUACAGUGAGAAGCCACACAGGAACACCUUUUAGACAAGUUCAAAUAACUUCAGACAAUUCACAUUUAAUAGUACCGGCAGCUGAUAAAGGCAAUAGAGAUUGUGUCAUUAUUUAUAAUGCAAAAACUGGAAUAUUAAUGAAUAAAAUACCAGUCAAAUUACCUGGAUUCAAGGAUAUAAUUUGUAUUACACCUAUGCCUAACAAAAGUCACUGGGUAGGCAUCAUAGGCUCAGACAAAGGUGCUAUUCUUGAUAUUAAUAAAAAGAAAUUUAUUAGAAUUAUUCCAAAAUGGAGUGGAAAUAUUAGUAAAGAUGGUAAAUACACAUUAUAUGCUCCUAGCAGAGGAGGUUUAGAACUAAUAGAAUUAAAGAAAGGAACAAAUGUGAAAACAUACAUUUCUAAAGUUGCAGAAGGAGUAUUUACAGUAAUAUCUAUGUUUAAUCGUACAGAUGAAUAUGUUCUUUAUUACCAUAGUGGUCGCAAGACUAUAAGGGUAUUCAGAUCAUCAGAUUGUGAAAUGAUAGCAAACUACAGAGUACAAGCUGAACUCAGUGCGAUUGACAGCACAUAUGAUGGCAAAAGUAUUGUAUUAGGAACAGUCGAUGGUUGUGUAUCAGUAUUAGCAAUAGCAGAUCCUAAGAAAUUAGAAAUGAAAGAAUAUUUAGCAGAUUUACCAUCGCGUGAUGAAGAAUGGAAAAAGAAGAUGGAAAAACAACGAGCAACUAUCAAAUUUAAAGCUGCUGCUCGAAUUGCACGUGUAACACACGGGAUGAGUACAAACAUACGAUCUAUAAAUAGUACAACUGAAGCAAACGAGGAAACGGAAAGUGUAAAAUAAAAAAAAAUUGAAAGCUAAAUCUCUAGUUAAAGAAAAAAAAAGGAAAAAAAAAAAGAAGAAAACAAAGUAGAAUUAUAGUUAUUUUAGAUAUAUACUUAAGUAAUAUUUAAGUAAUUUCUUUAAU